AUGUUAUUCAAUAUAGUAACAAUAAUAUACAUCUUUGCACUGGCUUGCCAUGUCGAUGGGUUAUCUACUGUCACCCGAAGGGAAACCAGCAUUCGGACGUCGUAUGUAUGUCCCUGUUCUGCUUCUUCCGUGCCGGGUACUGUUUCCAGCUCUACACUUUCUUUCAUUUCAAGUACCAGUUCUAGUUUAGCCUCUGCGAGCCUGAGUACUACGACAUCGACUAUUUGUCCAAGUUGCAGUAUUACAACUCCCAGCACGACAACUAGAAUUACAAGCACAGUGACCUCUACCAUCUGUCCAAGUUGUGGUUUUUCAAGCUCAGGUACCAGUACCAGAUCUGCCAGUACAACUUCCUCUAGAACUAGUCCAAGCCGCAGUUCAAGUGCGACUGCCUCUACCAGGACAACUUCCUCUACUGUUUGCCCAAGUUGUAGUGCUUCAGGCACAAGUGCAACGUCUUUUACUAGCAGUCUAAGCAGCAGUUCGCGAGCAACUACCUCUACCACGACGACUUCCUCUACCAGAACGACUUUCUCUAGAACCAGUUCAAGCAGCAGUUCAAGCAGCAGUUCAAGCAGCAGUUCAAGCAGCAGUUCAAGCAGCAGUUCAAGUACCACAACUACGUCUGUCAGCACAAUUACCUCUACUGUUUGCCCAAGUUGUAUUUCUUCAAGAACAAGUACGCAGUCUUUUACAACUAUUUCAAGUGGCAGCGUUUUAACCUCUAGUACAGCGACUGGAUCGACCAGUACAGCUUCAUAUACAAGUAGUUCAAGCACCAGUUUUUCAGGUUCAAGCACCACGAUCAGAUCUACCACAACGGCUUCCUCGACAUCCAUCUCAAGUGACAGUUCACAGUCGAGUUACUUUUCUUCCACGACCGAUUUAAGCAGCAGUUCUGCAACCUCAAGUCCCACAACUGGAUCUACUAGCACAACCUCUUCUACUGCUCAUUCAAUUAGUACACAAGGGAGCUCAAGUACGGCAACUACAUCAAUCAGCACAUUUACCUCUACGGUAUGCCCCAGUUGUAGUUUGCCAAGGACAAGUACGCAGUCUUUUACAACUAUUCCAAGUGACAGCGUUUUAAGCUCAAAUACAGUAAUUAGAUCUACCGGUAGAACUUUGUCCGGCAGGAGUUCAAGUAUAAGCGCAACAGGAGAAUCUACCACUACGUUAUCCUUCACCAGUAGUUCACGUCAGACCACGACUUUGUUGAAUAGCUCAUCUAACGGUGAAUGCAGUAAUCAAAUCAUCGAGAGGAUACAGAAUACUCAAUGGGUAACGGCCACAGCAUACGAAACAAACUUCUCAACCAUUUACGAUACCAUUUCAAAUACUGUAACUCAAACUGAAACGGCAACUGUUAAUGAGACAAGUACUUUAACUCAAAUUCAAACCGCUCUGUCCGAUGGUACUACAUGCAUUAGCGUAGUGACAGAAAAAACGACCGUUGUUGCUACUGCUACUGCUACUGCUACUGCUACUGUCACUGUAACUGUAACUGCCACUGCUACAGGUGCAGCGAGAAGUGAUGCUGGAACCACACUUAUUGGGCCAGAAUCAAAUAUCACUGAAACAGUAACGCAGAUGGUACCAACUAUAGUCACCUUAACUGAAACGGAAACUGUAAAUGAAGUAAGUACUUUGACUCAAAUUGAAACCGCAACUUCAUCCAAUUGCACUUUAAGAAUAAGCGCAGUGACAGAAACAUCAACUGUCGUCACAACCUUUACAGAUACGGUAAGAAAUGCGGUCGCAACAACAAGUUUUGAAGGACAAUCGACUAUCACUGAAAAAGUGACACAGACAGUACCAACCACAAUAGUUCAAAAUGGAUCAGCCACCAUUUUUGGCACUACGAUUAUAACACCAACCACAGUCAUUGUAAGUGCGCCUAAAAAGCGUUCGGUGCUUACAGUUUACUUGAACAUGACAACGACAGCAUUGAAUCAGGGGACUGGUCCCAUAACAGAGACUAUCACGGUCACAAACGAUCACAUAGUAACAAUUCCCUACACUGUGAAUCAUGUGGGCUCUCCAAAUACCGUUCAAAUGGUCAGUACAGUAACAACGACGUACACAGAAACAGCAGAUGGUUCUUGCGCAGCCACUAAAACAGUAACAGAAACUUCUGCAGUCUCCGGAGAAACCCCAGAUAUAGCAAGUUCCACCAGUACUGUUAAUGCUGUAGUCACUGCAAACCUCAGCAUUUUGACCACAAGAUUAACGCAGCCCGUAGCACAGCCCGAUAUGGCACCAUUGACUACAACGGCGAUAUUUCUCACUACUCAAACGUCACACGAUGCAACAAGUUUAAACAGUCCUGUCAAUCUCAUGGGACCGUCGACACUUUCACACAAUACCGCUUCCGAGGUUCUCAUCUCUAAUAUAACCGUUGGAACAACAAAUACAGCUCUCACGACACCUACUGGACAGCUAUCAACCAGCUCUUUCACUUCAAGACUUCCAACAGACGAAACCAAGUCAGAUCAUAUUUAUCCCGCUUCGCAUGGUAACGCUAAUUCUACCACGCCCUUGCAACCCCCAGUAGUCACAGUCACCUCUACAACCAGUUAUGGCAGCGGGGCAUUCUACCCUACGACAUCAGGCGUCCAAGGCUCAUCAACAAUUGCGCCAACGCGCAAUUCAGCUCAAUCACUGCCCCCAUCCUACAGUAUAACGGACAUCCAAAUAACCUCAAAUCCUUCGAUACUGCCACAGAAUUCUGCUAUAAAGCCUAAAUCUCGCCAAUUGUAUUUCAUUCUUCCGCUCCUAUUCCUGCUAUGA